CUGUGACAGACCUGUCCAUAAAUAAAUGAGUUCUAGAGAUUAAUUUGAACUGUUGAUAUAAGUUUAGUUUACUAAUUUGAAAUAAAAAUGAAAAUAGUGUGUUCAGUAUACGUGGGAAACCGUGUUUUGCCGAGUAAUUUAAAUAGUAAAGGAAGAAAACAUGUAAAGUCUACAUUAGCCCUGUGCAAGCAUCCUAAGUCUGGAGAAUUUUGUAUUAUAUUAUUCACAAACCAAAAUAAAAAUGGUACGAAAUAUACCAUAAGGAACAACAUUAAACAAGUUUUAACAAAAUUCGCACACGAAGGAAAAUGUACCAUACAAUUUUUAAGCCCAGAACAUGAUAUCUUUAUAAAUGCUGAUCCUAUUCAACUAAAAGCAUUUUUGCACCUGUUUAAAAGAAUCUUGGAAAACAAAGUGUCCGAGAAAGAGUUAACAACCUCUAGUUUAGCGGUUACAGGAGUUAAGGCUAAAGAUAUGCCACCUUUAAAACUAACUAUAUCAAAGCGAUCAGAUUAUCCUAGUAAAGGAUUCCCAAAAACACUUGAAGAGUUACAUAUUAAUAGUAUAAAUAGAUGUGGGUUAGAUAAAGGCAUACUUACUCUAAUGAGACUGAAAAUAUUGGAUUUGAGUGAUAAUUUAAUUGAAUAUGUUCCUACAGAAUUAAGUUUGUUACCAAAUUUAAGAGAUUUGAAUCUUUCACAAAAUUUACUUGGCAAAAGUAAAAACUGGAAUUGGAUUGGAGGCAAUCUUUCAAAUACCCUACAAUCUUUAGAUCUGAGUCAUAAUGAAUUAAAGCUAGUUCCUCAACAGAUAUCUCACUUGAGCCAACUAACAAAUCUUAAUUUAAGCUACAAUCUCUUGCAGAACCUUACACCAGGUAUAGGUAAAUUGAAAAAACUCAAAGUAUUUUGUGCAUCCAAUAAUAAUAUAAAUACACUACCUGGUAAUAUGAGAAGUUUGACUUUACAAACAAUUGAUUUGUCUCUUAAUAAUUUUAUGCAGGAUGUUCCAACUAAACCUUUACAUAGAAUAGAUCCACUUCCUGUCUGUACAUUGAAAGAAUAUGCAGCAAGAAAGGUGUUAAGAGCCAGAUUACCAUAUCCUCCAGGAUCUCUUCCUCUAACAGUGAUUUCAUAUUUAGACAAUGCCAAUUUGUGUGUUUGUGGAAGAGCUUGUCUUGAGAUAUAUGUGCGAACAUCUCAAAAUUUAUUGCUCACUAGCAUUGCAGAAAGUGUAAAUAGAUCAGUUGGGGAAGGAAUAUGUGUACCAAUUGAUUCUUAUUUUUGUUCCUCAAGAUGUUAUGCAAGUGUAUGUAGAACACGAAAUCCUAUUGUCAGGUAGGACGCAGUGGACCUAACUUGAAGUGUUUUAAUUAACGAACUUUCUGCUUUAUCUUGUUACUGUUCUAUUUAAGUAUAUUUUGCUCUCAAUAUGGCCUAUAUGCACCAAUCAUUCCAUAUUAGUGUAGUGUGGUUAUUAAGAGUUCACUGGAGUCCCAAAAAUCAUUUUGGGCAUUCAGUUUUGUUUCUAAAAAUUUCAAGAUAUUAUAGUUAGAACAUUUAUAAUACUAAAAUUGUAUUCAGGAUGUAUUUUCACAAUUUAAUUGAAACAAUAUAAAUUCAUGAAAGUAGUUGCUCAUCACAACACCAUUAAAUACUUGCACCUUUUCUUUUCUGUAAGAGGGAAAUCCUCAUGGACAUAGGGUGUCAUUGCUAGGUAGUGUCGGACUCUUGCCUUGCUUUGUUGCCAAUGCUGUCUUUUAUUAUAUUGUUCCUUCUAUCUUUCUCUUUGGUCUGUAUUAUAGCCUGUAUCACUUCAUAAGUGUACUUCCAACAUUCCUAUUAUUCUAACAAGCAUUCCAUCGUUUUGGCAAUAUUGAAACUUCGUCAUUGUCUUCCUCACUGUAGUAGGUGCAUUUAGGAGUGUCUGAUCUCUGCCUGUUAUAUAGGUACCUGCGAAAGUAUCUAUGGCCUGUGAGUGAUUAUGUUAAGAAGUAGUCAGUUUCCCCAUGCUUCUCGUUCAUCCAGACUUCAAUAAGAUGAAUGAGACAGUGGGUCCAUUGGCUAUAUGUUCCAUUGUCCCAUUGCACUUGCCACCUCUGGAUGAGAUUUGUUCAUGUGUUAGUCUUUGACACUCCGGCAUAUCUAUCUUUCCUCUCAUUUACUUUACAAGUUUUUCUUUCGGAGACAGUAUACCAUACUGGUAUUCCAUAAAAAAUCUGGCUAUAGACCACGUUUGAAAGGAUGUUCCUCUUAGAUGCACUAGUGCACCAAUGUUUGGUAUUAUACUGGCUAGAGCUGAAAUAAUUUUCUCUGCUUCUAGACAUGUUUUUUAAAGCUGAGUUUCGUGUGUAUCCAAACGCCUAGGUACUUUAUUGCUUUAGUACAUUGCCUUGUACAUUGAAUCAUAUUUUCUGAGUUUCCCUUUUAAGUGUCAACAGAACAGCAUCUCUUUUUUCUGGUACUAGUUUCCUAUGAGUUGUAAUACUGUGUUAGGCAGGUUCAUCGGGAGCUGAUCUGCUACAGCUGUUACCACUAAGGUGACUUCGAUGGUAACUCCUUGUGGCAUCUCUAUUCUAAAGAGCUAAUCAUACAAGAUGUUCCAUAGGCCCAGUCCUCAUCUCUGUGGUACUCCAUGAAAACAUUGCACCUGUUAUUUAGACAGCACACUGAUUUCAAUAGUAUAUUAUGCAAUUAGUGCAAAAAAUAUGUCAUUUCAUAUGAAUGUGAAAAAAUAAUGGACUGUAGAUUCCAGUGUCCAUAUAUGUUGUACAUUAUUUUUUUUUUUUGAUGACUUGAAUGAAAUAAUGAAUAAACCUAGUUCAUAUUGUAUCGAUAAUUGUACAUAUGUAAUUUAUCGAAUUUCAAAGUUACCAAUAGUAUUCUAAUACAUUUAUCAAUAUCAUGCACUACCUUUUUCUUGCUAGCUAAGCUUUUUGUAUUUAGAUAAUCUUUCAGAAAUGCUGCUAUUAAUAAAUAACUCAAUUUUUGUGCCAUUAAGAAAUUGAAACUGUCCAAUUCAUACAUUUUGAGAAAGUUAUAAUUUAAUUGUGAUAUUCUGUCUUAGGUAAUUUAUGAUCAUGUUUUUGUUAUUUAUAAUUUAGCGAAGAUGUUCAAAAUUUAUGUUAAUUUCAAACAAUAUCCUUAAUGUUCCAUUGCAUUUGGUUCAAAAGGGGAUAGGAUAAAUCUGCUGUGAAUAUAUUAAUAGUCAAAUUAAUUCAAGAAGGGAUAGGUUUCAGGAUAAUUGUUAAAAAAAAAUAAAAUUUUGGUUUUGCUAUAUUAUACUCAGUAGUGUAAAACUUUAUCAUAUUUUUCCAGCUUUUUUGUUACCUUUAGUAUUUACCUAAUUUGUUCUUACUUAACAAUGUUUUGGUUUCAUCUAUAUAAUAUGAAGAUGUGUAAUUUUGUAAACAUAAUUAAGUGAACCUCUAAUCUAAAAAUGUUUUGUGUUAGUACUGAAAGUAUCAGUAUCCUGUAAGCCAUACUAUUUGAAUUCAAAAUAAUUAUACAUAAAGGACUGGAAUGUUUUUUGGACUUGUUAGAAAAUAGUAAUAUAGUUUUUUUUAUUUAAAUGUGCCUUAAAUGUAUUAAAGCAGGGCUGUAAUCACAGCAAUACAAUAGGUAACUGGAUUCUUUUGAUUUUAUUGCAAAUUGUACCUAUAUUAAGUGAUGAACAGUUUUUAUAUUAGAAUUUUUUGAAUAAGGCAAAAAUAUGUGUUAUGAUAUUUAUAAUAUAUAUUUUAAUGCUGCUUUUUCUGCUAUUGUUUGAUCAAAUGUGAUGAUCACUCCAAAAUGAUAAAAUUUGCCAAAAUAUUGGUUGUUUUCCGUUUUCUGUAUUCAUUGAUAAAAAAUAAAAUAUCAAUAUAUUUAUUGGUUAAGUAGAAAACCCUCACAAUUUGAAAUUACUUAUUUCGUAAUUUUUCAGAAUAAUGAAUGUGUGUCCUAAAAAGCCCUUUAUAGUUAGUUAUUUAAGUGACUUAUUGGUUAGACAUAUUAAAGUUAUGAAAAAGCUUGUAAAUUUUAUAGCUUUAGAAACUUCUAAUUUCCUCCAAUUUUCGACUUUGUUGGCAUUUCUAUGUUUUACCUAAUGGUGGUUGAUACGUUAAUAUGAUCUUACUCCAUUACUUCAUUUUAAAGGACUAAGAUCAAUUUUUUUCUUGACACUCGAAGGCAUUGUCAUCUUACCAUCAUCUUUGAUAUGAAGCUGUCAUGAAAAAAUGACAUAAUAACUCUUUUGACCUGUCCAUUUCAAAAUUUUAGUAAAUAUUUUCAAGUUUUUUUUGAAAUAUGGCUGCUAUGAAUCCUGAACAACUUUUAAAACCUCUCCACUGGAUAACUGGUACAUGGAAAUCAAUAAAUGCUACAGUCAAUUACCCCACUAUGAAGAGUCCGAUAAAUUACAAAGAACUUUUAUCAUUUACCAAUUUUGGUUUUCUUCUUCUCGGGUAUAGUUCGCUUACAUGGAAUCCCGAAACUAAGGCUUUGAUGCAUGUGGAAGGUGGGCAUCUCAGGAUUGCUGAAGAUGGUUGUACAGUGAGUUUACUAACCUCACAAAAUCUUGGAAUAUGUACAGUUGAAGAUGGCACAGUUAAAGGUAAAUUUUAUUAUAAAUUUCUUUGCUGUACUGUCGGAAAGACUAAGUAAAGAAUAUUUAAGAACUCUUACACAUUUUCGUGUUAUUUCCAAACUCAUAAGUUAGUCAAACGAUGAAUGAAAAUGAAGCAAUAAAACCAAACAUAAUAUAGGCCUUUUGAAUAAAUCUUCUGUAUGAAUUUACUGUAUCUAAAGUUUAUUUAUAGUUUAGUAAAGUUAUCAUAUCUAUUUUCUACAUUGAAGGCAACUUUUUAAUUAUUGCAUUACCUACUCAUAUAUAUUUCUUUAUAUAUAUUGAAAAGAAUUUGAAAUUGAAUAACUGAAUAGGGAAGAAUAGAGACA